CUUGGCGAAUAUCCGCGCGGUUGUUUCCAUCUUAUAUGCGUAUGCACAAACAUCGCGGCGGGUCUUUGCAUAACAGGAUAUCAGCGCUUAAGUCCCCGGUGUCUACCGGUGGCAACAGUCGCCGUGUCGGUGUAGCGCGCUGUCAGUGAGGGAUUGCAAUUCUGCUGUCUUGGAUUCAUUCCAAUCUCUCUCCGCGAACUGGGCCGAACUACGGUAGCUGCAGCACGCGUGCACGCGCGUGCACUUGGUACACGCGGCGAAAUCGCGCGGCGGAAAAAAAAACCCUACGGCUUCGAAUUUUUCGUAGGGUUCCCCUACGUGAAAAAUACGAUGUGUCGCGAUUGCUUUUACACGCCUCGCGAUUAAAUUGGGAUCGGGUUGUCGUGGUGUAUGCACGACACAGAAAUACAACGCGCGAGUGAGGGUUAACGUCGAGCGAAAUUCGGUCAUCCCAAUAUCAUCGUGUGCGAUGUCCCUCUGUAAGCCACAGCCGCCGUCCACUCCGAAGGCAAUAAAAGUCCGCGCGCGUCGACGGCGACGGCGGCGGCGACGGCGGUGAGUGCGCGAAUGUUUGCCGAACUAUCGUCGAGCGCCAUCAAAUCUGAUUUGUACACACACACACACACACGUGCACGCACAUACGGCCCCGUGUGUGUGUGUGUGUGUGUGCAUCCACAAGCGAAUACCUCGGUAACACGUAGCAACACACGAGAUAUCGUACGUACGUACGUCGGGUGUACACACGAAAAAGAGGGGGAUAAACGACGACAGCUCGUGUGCUCCGGGAGAGCAAGCGAUAUGAAACGUAUGUUUGCGCGCCGAGGCGCGAAUAUCCCUCCGACGUUUACCUUGUCGCCCGGGGGGAUAUUCUAAUCGAAUUAGAACCUCCGCGCGCAGUCAUCAUCCUUCUCUCUCGCGGAGGACGUCGCCGCGCGCGAGGCUUGGUCGGUUCCCUCCGGUCAAUAUUACGUAAAACCACGUACGUUUCGAUCGACGCGUCAUUUGGCCGCACGCGCUAAUUCGAACGUUUAUUUGCACGGUCGGUUUGCUGAGCAAGCGAAAACAAGCACGUCCGCCCGUCCAGGUUAUACCUUUUUAUUCUCGUGGUACAAGUGUCGCCGCCCUUUUUUUUUUUGCCCCUCGGGGUCAGGAUCCGGAAAGGUUGCUCCUUUGGGCGUAUCUUUUUCAUUUCCCUUUAUGUAAGUUUUACGCGCGUCCGCUAUAUUUGGCCCGGGUUGGUUUACGGCUGAAGCGAGAGAGCGGGAAACGCUGAUGAUGUCAAGUCGCGCCCGGUGGAAUUGUAAAUGAGCGUUUCUUAUACCGACCGCCUCGUUGCCAACGCGAUCCACGUGUUGCGCGGAAGAUAUACUCUCUAAAAGCGUCACCCAGAUACGUUUUGCCCGUGUCGCGAUAUAUUUGGCGCGCGACUGCAAAGCGUUCAGCACGUAAUAAAUCUCGCGUGGACGUUGCGUUUUAUGGAUUAUCAUUAAUUUCCGCGCCGCGGCGCAUUCUAUUUUCAAGUUCUUCUUUAACGGCCCGAAUCCACGAUGUUUAGCACGCCGCGUGAUUUCUAUAUACGUGCAUUUCUAUAUGUGCGCAUGCAGAUGGCUGCGAUUCCCGCACUGCAUUACUCGUGCUACGCGACACGUGAAACUAUUUCUGCGCAUCAGUCAGCUGAUAACCGAAACGUACGAAAAAUUAACGCGCCAUUUAGCAGGCGCUUGCUCCAAAAUUCCACUGUUAAAGCAGCGAAAUAAAUGUUACUCACCUCGCGAAAAUGUCAUCGCGCAAACUCCAAAUUAAUUUUCUGUCUGCAGAUCUUCAUUUUUCGUGAAAAUUUGCAACUCGGUUAAUUGUCAAAGGAAUUUAAUCUGAAACUUUGUUAUCAAGAUGUUUAACGUGGAAAAUUAGAUACGCAAGGAAGAGAUAUAAUUAGGUACAACUGCAGUCUGAUAACAUUUUUCUCCAAAAGAAUUUCGCUCUAAGCAUUGGCCGAGUUGGUACGAGUUUAUUCGGAAUUACAUUAGUUUUUUACCCCCCCCCCCUCCCUCUCGUCGACAUUUCGCCGUCUUGAAAACGCUGAAUGUACAGCGUUCCGCGUUAUUUUAUUUAUUGCGACGAUUCGCGAUUCUUCCCUUUCAAGUGAAAGUGCUCGGCCGCGAGUCAGCCGUCCUCGAAGAGUUGCCGGAGAUGAGACGGGCGCCACGUACCGACGUUACGCCCGUGACAAGCUCGGGCCUUUAACAGCUCUCGAAAGAGCUAUCAUAAACAUCAUAACAAUCGAUCCUCGUUGUACUCGCCGAUAACAACCUGGCGGUUCGACGACAGUUUCGCUCGAGCAGUCCGCCUCUCCACUUCGCCUACGUUGUGUCAAUCCCGGCUCACGUCAUCCCGGCGAGUGCGCGGUCGAGUCGAGGGGGAGACUCGCCCGUUCCCGGGAAAACUGUGGAAAAGCGAUUUCCCGAAGGGAUGGUUUUAGUGCCGAUGAAGUUUUAUUAGUGCAUUCGGCUUCAUUGCGAUUUUAUUGCCCGGGAGACGCCGUAACGAAGAGGAAUUUUGCGUGAAACAGUGCGCGUGUGGAAUCCGCAUGGCAGAGAAGGCUUUGCGAGGGAUUAAUUCGAGUUCGCUCUCUCGUCGGAUGAGCCGCCGAUGCGGGAGGAAUAAGGGUUGCUCCGGGAGGGAAACGCGUCGUCGCGCCUAUUCAACGCGUGCAUGUAUAAUAACGCGAUGUAGAUUUCUUUCCGUCUGCGCGCGACAGUGAAGGUAGUUUUCAUUCGAGUUGUCGGGAAGGACGUCUCAUCUCUAUACGGCUGAUGACCUAUCUAGAUAAGCGGACUUCUAUUAACCGACAAAGCGGAAUUACGUAUAUUUGAAUUACAGCGGUCUACAAUGACCGCUUCGAGGCGAUUCCGACAACUUCGCCAACGCCGCCGUCGCCGCCGCCACGUGAGAUUGGUUUUCAAAUGUAUUUUGACGCUGGUCACAGCCAACAAAGGUCACAAUCGUGGAACGAGCGCCGCGCGAAGUAAAUGUUAAAGCUACAAAGAUCGCUCCGAUUUAUCCAGUAUUAAUAACGUAACAGGAAGAUCGCUGAUACUGUUCUAGUUGCUUUUCUAUUAUGAAGCAACACCCACUUAUUUCUCGGAAACUAAACAUUGUACUGUAUUAGCACUGAUAAAUGUUCUACUUAGAUAAGAUUAAAGAAAUAAAAAUCCAUAGUUUAUACAUUCAUGGCUUUUCGCUCUGUAAGAUCUACUGAAAAUAAAUUUGAAUGGCUUUUAGUUUUUGUACACAGAGAGAAAGAGAUUUUAUUAGAUUUAAUAAUAUUUAUUAAAAGCAAAGAAACAUAUUCUUCGAAAUAGCCGAAUAAGACUAUUUGAAGGAACAAAUGCGAUUAUUUCAUUAUGCAUUAAUAAUGUUGUUUGAUUUAACGAAUCAAUAUUUUUUCCAGUCAAUAAAGAUAAUGCUUCGUAAAGUAUUGUGUUUGAAUAAAAUAAAUAAAAUAAGUGAGUCUAAAACAAACGAAGGAAAAAUAUUUAAAGAAAUCGUUCUCUCUACGUCUAAGCGGCAAAAAUUUUACAUCAAAGCAAAAGGCUUCUAUAAAUUCUUAUACGUGUCAGUUUUGGUGCCCAAUAUCUUAGACAUGCGUUUUUAAUUACUUUUCCAUUUACAUUUAUGUUUUCAAAGUUUUAUCUUUAGCCCCUGUUCAAAAAAUUACUAUCCAAAGUAGCUUGCUAGUACUAGUGAUCUUCCUCUAACGUAACAGUGACACGUGUAUCCUAUUGGUUUUCUACGGCGUCCUCUGCGAAUUAAUUAAUCGGGAAGCAAAUCACUGUAAUCUUAGGGAGUGUUUACACUGUAGGCCUCGCCGCCAAGGUAAUCAGAGCCGGCCAUUAGCGUCCGAGCUAACUCAUCGCGUCGACCUUGCCGAUGUUGACCCGUCCAUCGGACGAAAUCUAUUAAUUAUGCCGCGGUGGUACUGUAGAGCUCUGUCAUUAUUCGAUCAAGCGCGAAAACUGGCCGACGCGACGCGACGCCGCCGAUCAGCCUCGCGUUUCCCGCCUCGGUCUCAUUGUCCCUCGCGUGACAGCGACGUGUGACACGUGGCCGCGGCGUGGCGACGACGAACGACGCGGCGCGUGUGGUAGGGACAGACGCGCGUACCAGUCAUUAAUACAUUACAUUAUUCGUCGUCAUUUUUCUCACGUCUCGCAGACGUCGCCGUCCGUCCGUCCGCCCGUCCGUCCAUCCAUCCGUCGGCGAUCGCGGGAGCGUGCGCGCGCGUCGCCCCGCGCCGGUGCGUCUGUCGCGUGACCGCGAAGCCGCUGCACCCGCCAACCUUAGUUGGCGUCGGCUCACGUGGACGUGCGGCGGUGUUGAACGCCGUCGUCGUCGUCGUCGUCCGGUUCUCGCCUCCGCGAGAGACACGUCGGCCGUGUCUCGCUAAUCGGUCGCGCUAAUUGGUUUCCGCGCGACUAAUCAUGCGCGCCGCGUCUCGGCCGGCCGGUCGCCGCCGCCGCCGCCGUCGUCGCCGCUCGUCGCGUCGGGCCGUCGUUCGGAUUCCAGGUAUCCCCGUUGCCGCGGACACGAGAACCGGUUUUCACGGUGAUCUUCGGCACCCACUCUUUCCGCUUUCCGCCAGUGCUGUCUGUCCGCAUACACGAUUAUCGAUUGCACUAGGAGCUGCGUACGACGAACUGUCGCGCGAAAUACACCUCGCUUCCGGGCCGUCUCUCUCUCUCUCUCUCUCUCUCUCUCUCUCUCUCUCUCUCUCUCUCUCUCUCUCUCUCUCUCUUUCUCUCGGCCGCGCGUGUCAUCCGGAGUGCUUGAAAAAUUCACGGUUUAAUUUAUCGAAUCGAACGUUCUUCUUCGUUCGUCCAUGGGAUAAACACGAGAUCGUUUCCUUCAGUUACGCAGUGAAGAAUCAAAUCGCGGAGUAACGCACGAUAAAAGUGAAGCCGUGUCCGUUCAAAAGUGAUUUUUUAAAAACAAUUAAAAGCACGCAAAGUCUGAAAAAAAUUGUCUGAAAAAACGGACCAAUCGUACAAACCUUUUUUUUUUUAAGAUUUAUAUGAAAAGCCUAAAGUAUUCAAAAAAAAAAAAUAUAUAUAAUGAAAUUUAAACAAGCAAGCAAGACAAGUGAUAUGGUUCUUUCAAAGCGACAAAGUUCCUUUGUUUAGGGCGGUAAUAUUUCUGUCGCGAGAUCGACUUCGUUUCCUGCGCUACAUUGUGCAUGUGCAUGCGGCGUAAAUAAUUUAAACGCGGCUAUAACAUAUCGGUGUAACGAGGUUUCCAGUUUUUAUACUCUACUCCUUGCAGAGUGUGUGCUUGCAAAUGCCAUCCGUGUACUGCGCUUUACGUCGCCUCAUUAACUCACGGUCUUAUCUAAAUGGUAAUUAGACUUUGAAUAUUUAUUAGAAAUCUCGAAAUCGUUGCAACGAAAUCCGCGGCGCAGAGUUUCAUCGUCGAACGGCCAUUAAAACGACGCUUGGACUCGAUUAAUAUUAAUUUGUCAGAAAUGCAAGAUAUCCGGCGGAUUUACCUUGAACCAGUUGAUAAUAGUACGAUACAGGCGCACAUUUCGUGCGAUGACAUUACGAAUGACGAAUCCUAAUGAUCAAAAAUUGCCUCUCCUGCGUUACCGCUUGCGGUGGACGCUCGCGUUCAUUCGUCGGGGCGUUUCGAGGCUCACGCCAUCAGGAAAUCCGGCGUAUGCCACUCUCCGGUGUACACACACCGUCGUUUUAUCAACGAGUCAUUAUGGUCAUUGAGGAUUCAGCGUUCGCUAUCGCGAUACUUAUCCCGUUGACCGGACGCGGAUAAAUCGGCGACAGAUAAAUCGGCGCCGUGCUGUCGCGUGCUGACACGAGACGAGACGCGACUCGCGAUCGCGGGGGCUUCGCUUUUAAUCUUUGUUCCCCUUCCUUUUGUCCGUUCCGCUGGAUUCUGCGCGUCGUUUACUGACCUACGUCAAAAUCGGCGGUGCGGAAACGUACUCGUAACGUUUCGUGCGAGUUUCUAGCCUCGCGAGCGGCUUUUUUUUUUUCUUUCGCAGCGGAAGUCACGACGCCGUUUAAAAUACUUAAUGCGAACGCCAUUAUGUGCCGUUCGUGUGUUUGUGGCGCAUCACGAUUUUUUUCUUUUUUUUUUUUUUACGUAAUAUGUGAAAAAUAUGCGAAUCGAUCGCGGAUAUAUACGGAUUUUUCGUGCAACGAGUUUCGAGCUCAGUAAUCGUUCGGCGAUCGGUCGAGGUAUACUUGUUGAGUCGUCAUCAUACCGGAGUGUCCAAUUUUCUUAAUGGAUUUUAUCGACUUCCGGCAUAGUUCGCGGUGUGAUAUUUUUUAAUCGCGCGGCUGCUCGUCUCUCCGUUCGUCUCUCUAUUGUAUGAAUUUCGAUAUUUUCGGCCGCGAGUAUUUCUGAGAUAGCCCGGAAACAAAAGGAUCGCGGUCGCUUACCGCGGUUUCUUGGCUGGCAUAAAAGUUCGCUCCAAUCUUCUGAGCCUAGAUAUACUCGUCGUACUCGUUAUUGUUUUCUUUUUAGAUAAAAAAUUUUUAUCCUCAUCUAUAGAAGCACGCACGCGUUGAAUUUUAUAGAUCGAGUAAUUAAAAUUUUUCCUCGUCGAAGAUGUUGCUUUCUAAUCGGGGAUAUUGAUAUUAAUUUUGUAAGAACAAUUGUGUCUUUUAAAAUGCGUUUAGCUUCGCUUAAGCGCUAGGUACUUGAGUGAUGACGUCAUCGGUUUACGGCACGAGUCAUGGUCGGUCGCAGUUAAACAAAGAAUCGCUAUCAGUUGAAGUUAAUUACUCCACUUUUAGCAGACUUUUUUUGUCAAACAUCAAAGCCAUUGUCACUGCAAAGGCAAUAAGUUAACGUUUAACUUUUUGUAUUUAUAGUUUCGUCAUGAUGUAUCUUUAUAAUUAGCGUCACAAAGAAGUGUUUUUACUUCGCAAAUUUCCAUAUAAAUGAUGAUCUGUUUAAUUACAUAAGUAUUAGUCUUCCCCUCCGCUUAAUUAUGUUAAUAAUUUAUUAAUAAUUUAUUAUUCAUGUUUUGCUUGAGGCGAGAGUUACAGCAAUUAAUAUCGCUCGAGUACGUUAUCAAUAUUAUAGGUUAAUAUUAUGUAAUACGUCUGACAACGAUACUUGAAACAUGGAGUUGUCGCCUUGGUACAUCACCACCGGGUAUCUUGUGUUCGCAAUUCGAAGAAAUUCCGCAAACGUCAGCGGAAAUGUGGAUUAUGAUUGAGAAGCGCACGCAACGUCGCCCGGUAUCUCACAGGCGAUAAAACAAUCUAUUAACGAACCAUUAAACGCGAGCACGCUUGAGCAUUAUAAAUUUAAAUGCUAAGAAUCGAGGGCGGUACGACGUGGUGGGAUUCGUUUAUGGUUAUGGCGUGGGAGAAAUAUACGUCGCCCGUGCAGUAAAUUUAACGCCGCCUGUUACCGUACUCGGGCGUUUAAUUGUUAAUUUAUGAUGAAAAUCACUUUAUGUCCACGGGCAAGUUCCGCGCUUGUGUAUUAUGUGGUGCGGUGACGUGAGGCGAGACAAUUUCCGAAUAACGUGAUUUUGAAAAGCGCGAAUUCUGUUUCGGAUUAUACCCCAAAUAGAUUUAAUAAAUCUGCAUUUGCAAAGUAGUUCAAUAAUAAACUACGCUUUAAUAUGCCACUUCGAAUAGAAUAAGCUUUAUAGAAAUCUGUUCUAAGUCGACAACAAACGCAUAAGUUUAUGUUAUGUCAGCACAGACUCAAGACACAUUCAAUUUUACUCCUUUUUGUCGUGAUUUCACCUCGUCGACACCGCGCUCUUAUUUGUUACGUCUUUCGUUGGUGACGAUAAUAGUAAAAAAGAAAUGUCACGGCCGGCGACGUUUCUAUUGUAUCCGCCAGUACAACGACUAGGCUAUUCCGCACUUAUAGUUCGAAGGAGGGAACGUUUCGUAUCAAAAGAAUUAUCUUUGCGAAUCUCUUUCCUUCUCAGCAAAUUCUUAUUUGCAUUUUAAUUGCUCCUGUGUAUUUUAUGUCGCACAUUCCGUAAACUUCCAUAUAGAGAUGUGCAAACUAUUUGAAUACGAAUCGAAUCGAAUCUCACCUGAUUCUAUUUGAAUUUAAAUCUCUAUUAUUCGAAUUUGAAUUAUUCAAAAAUUUCGAACCUAUGAGGUUGAAAUAUAAAUCAUACAUACAUUGGCAAUGUUAUAAAAUUAUAUUUAAAAUGAUUUCAUGUCUUAUAUAAGCAAUAUUAUUUUUCUUACACUAUAAGUGCAAAUUUUGUUGUUAUCUAUACAUCAAUAUUUAACGUAACAAUCAUUAUGUUGUUAAUUAAAAAUUAUAUUUUGAUUUUAUUUGAUUUGGAUUCAAUUUGAUUUAAAAAAAUUGAUUUACACAUUUCUACUUCUGUAUCUAUUAGUUUUGUCGUUCAAAUCAGGAUUUUGAUCACCCUUUAGGCACAGCACAUAAUUUUUCAACGAUGCCGUAUAAUUUUUCAAACACGAAAAGGGAACGCUACUUUGUGUUAUUUUAUGCGCGGAAUUACGUUUUUCCGCCCAGCUCGUCACAUAGCUGUCGGUGCAACUUUCGAACAAUAAAUAUUGUUCUUGGACGAUAUUGGCUCGGCUCUAAUAACAAGUAGCACGCGGAUCAAUGUAAAUGACGUCAGAUUAUUGCGUUGUCAGCUUUGUUCAACACUCAUACGACAGUUUCUCGUGGAGUGUAAAGCUUGUCUCGUAAUGUGGCCUAUUUCUUGCCGUGUCAUGCGUGUGUGAUUUUCAUCUUCGUCGAAGAAACAUUGCAUUUACAUUCAAAUUUAUAACAAAAAGAAAUGUAACUCCGGUGGAGUUUUAUAUCUAAAAUUAUUAUUAUUACUUCUACAUAAAGAAAUACAUUUUGAGAACUAUUUGUAUUUUAUGACAGAUUUUAUAUGUAAUUCUUAGUUUUUUGUUUAUGUGUAAUAACUAGAAUACAUACAUACUGCAUUUUAAAUGCAUGAGCGCUAAAACUUGGCACAUACUGCUCGAAAUAAAUUUGCUAUGGAGAAAACAAACGUUAAUACUUUCCGACACCAAGGAGAAAUUGCAAAACAUGGAAGAUAAUCGACGAACCGUUCUUUAUUAUGUUUACUUAUUUGUUUCCGCGAAUUUAUUCUGUCUCUUUGAAAAUUUAUUCUGUCUUUAAUUAAAACUCAGCUAUAGCUUUAAAUACCUUGGCACGUUGAUAAUCUCAAUUGCACGAAUUAUACUUAUCUGUAAGCAGUACCAAGACAGCUUUUGCCUUUCCCUGCGUAUUUCUAUAUUUACCAUUGUUAUUGCGCACAAUGCUCGCGAAGAAAGGGAUAAAAUUUUUCGAAAUUGCAUUAUUAAAGUGGCUUUAAAUAUAAACGAUAAUAAUUUGCGAUUUAGACGCCAAAAAAAAAUUACAAAUAAAAGAAGUGAAGAAGAACGAGAAUAAAAGAGGGAACGACAGUUACUUUUACCUCCUGAUGCUGUUAAAGGAAAUGGAAAUAGAAUCGCUGCAUCUCAUAAUCUCGAAAAAUUUCUCUUAGAGAUUCCGAACCCCGAAGGAAAUCUGUGAGUUCAUCCAAGAUGGACUGGACAUACGUGAUGCAUUCGGGUUACUCCAUCAAUACGAAUUCCAUGCAUUUCACGGACGGGAAGUUUCAAUAAAGUACAAGUUGCAGAAAAUAACAUCGCUCGCUCUCUGUUACUUAUUGUGAUACAAAUCGAGUGUAGUCGUCGCACGGCUUCGCGUCGUCACAAAAGAUGACACGCAAAAGAGUGAAGAGGCGGAACGACGGGCUUCUCUCAAACUCGCCGAAAGACGUGCCGCGGCUGCCGCGGGGUUCGCCUCGUUAUCGCGAAAAGUGAACUCGUGGGGAUAAUGUCGGGAUAUUAUCGCCGAAUCGUAGUUAUCGCGCCUCGAUGAGAGACUCGCCGCGGCACGCGAGAGUGAGGGAAACGCGCGAAGAUGAUCGCAGUGUCGCUCUUCAUCUGGACGCUAACGAGACCGCGGGAUCGCACGGAGAUCGUGGGAUCGUACGGGCUCGAGAGCAGGCGAGAUUCCCGAAGGGAUUCACUGUACAGUCGGGACGAUCGGGACCGUGCGGAUUCCAGGCGGAAUUCCAGGGAAACGGCGACGAUCGGACUAGCCAUCGUCGACCGGAGGCGGCAUCGUCCUCGACGGCACUCGCGUCGUUAUUAUGUCGAUCGUAACAAGAGUUUCGACGUGGAAAAUGGCGCCUCGACUCUGGACGGCGGUGCCGGUGGCGGCGGCGGCGCCUCGCCGAGCGCGGGACUCGUUCUCCAGACGCUGCCCCAGAGAAGGGAGAGCUUCCUGUACCGGAGUGACAGCGACUUCGAGAUGUCACCGAAGUCGAUGUCUCGAAACAGCUCCAUCGCUAGCGAGAGGUUCAAAGAGACAGAGCUUCCUGUCGAGCGAGCGAUAUUUACCGAUCAGUACAGCCAUGGCGAGGACCUCAUCGUUACACCCUUCGCACAGAUUCUUGCUUCUCUGCGCUCGGUCAGGAAUAAUUUCUUGUCGCUCACGAAUGUACCGACGAACAAAUCACGAAGGAGUAGUGGCCAACAAGGCAGUAGUACGCCACAGCCACGGAUUUUGGCGCCAGGAGAGGAGCCCUUCAUGAAGUUGGCUGUAGAAACGAUAGAGGAACUAGACUGGUGCUUAGACCAGUUGGAGACCAUUCAGACUCAUCGAUCUGUGUCGGACAUGGCAUCCCUAAAGUUCAAGAGAAUGCUGAACAAGGAGCUAUCGCAUUUCUCGGAGUCGUCCAAGUCUGGGAAUCAGAUCUCGGAAUACAUCUGCAGCACCUUCCUCGACAAGCAGCAGGAGCUGGACCUGCCGUCUCUGCGAAUCGAGGAUGCGGUCGCCGCGGCAGGCAGCGCGGACGCACGGGCGGCGAAGAAGAAGGACCGCGCGCAGAGAGGCCCGGCCGCUAUGUCGCACAUCAGCGGCGUUAAGCGGCCGUUGACGCAUACCAACAGCUUCACCGGGGAACGCGUGCCGCUGCACGGGGUGGAAACGCCGCACGAGGAGGACCUCGGCAAGUUGCUCUCGGACAUCGACAAGUGGGGCAUUGACAUCUUCAGGAUAGGCGAGCUCAGUAACAAUCGGCCCCUCACCUGCGUCGCGUACACGGCCUUCCAGAGUCGAGAUCUGCUCAAAUCGCUGGCGAUACCUCCCAAGACCUUUGUUACCUUUAUGAUGACUUUAGAAGAUCACUACGUGAAGGAUAAUCCCUUCCACAAUAGCCUCCAUGCAGCCGAUGUGACUCAAUCUACUCACACUCUGCUCAACACGCCCGCACUUGAGUCCGUGUUCACGCCGUUGGAGAUCACCGCUGCAUUGUUUGCGGCUUCCAUCCAUGAUGUAGACCAUCCUGGACUCACGAAUCAGUUCCUCAUUAACUCAAGCUCCGAGCUCGCGCUAAUGUACAACGACGAGUCGGUGCUGGAGAAUCAUCACUUGGCGGUCGCGUUCAAGCUUCUGCAGAACGAGGGCUGCGACAUAUUCGUGAACAUGACGAAGAAGCAACGACAGACGCUGCGAAAGAUGGUCAUCGACAUGGUUCUCUCGACAGACAUGUCGAAGCACAUGUCACUGCUGGCCGAUCUGAAGACUAUGGUAGAGACGAAGAAAGUCGCCGGUUCCGGCGUACUACUGCUCGACAAUUACACCGAUCGUAUCCAGGUGCUGGAGAACCUGGUACAUUGUGCCGACCUGUCUAACCCGACGAAACCGUUGGCUCUUUACCGACGAUGGGUAGGUUUACUGAUGGAGGAGUUCUUCCUGCAAGGCGAUCGCGAACGGGAGCAAAACAUGGAUAUCAGUCCGAUGUGCGAUCGGCACAGCGCGACCAUCGAGAAGUCGCAAGUCGGCUUCAUCGAUUACAUCGUGCAUCCACUCUGGGAGACAUGGGCGGAUCUGGUGCAUCCGGACGCGCAGGAAAUUUUGGACACUCUCGAGGAGAAUCGCGACUGGUAUCAGUCGAUGAUACCACCUUCGCCGCCAUCCGAUGACCAGCAACAGUCAGGUACGAACGAGAGUCAGCAACAGCAGGAUAGGAUACACUUUCAAGUGACGUUAGAAGAGGGUGACGAGAGUAGCGAGGCUGUAGAGGGUGGCGAUACAGGGGGCGGCGGUGGCGAGUUCUCCAGUGAGGACCCGGGCGGUGAGACGGAGGACAAUGCCACGGAGGCUGGGAUGUGACGGAGGCUCGCUGGUAUUUGCAGGAAGCUCCAUGAAAAGGUACAGCAGAGUUGGUGGCGAGUGCGUCAGUGACAUUCGCACCCAGCCGCGCCUAGUCGCCGGUCCUUUUGUAUCGACCUAUGCCACGUCGGCUGGACCACGAGGGAGAGCGGCGUUUGAGAUGACCAGGCCGUCUCGAUCGGACGGCAGGAGAGACAACGUCCCGACGACGACGGAAUUAUGGUUCGCGAAGUGCGAAGAUACUUCAGGAUCGCUACGUUUCGGCUGGACCGAAACGAGCGACGCGAACGCGGACGAAGCCGCGCGUCUUUUGUCGUCGUCAUCGUCAUCGUCACCGUCGUCGUCGACGUUUCAGUUUCGUUUCCACGUUUCGUCUCAUUGAAUACUAUCAAGCGGGAGGGGCGAAUCUCUCUUCACACAGUACCUGCGCAAAUGAAAGCGGCAUCUGCAUGUUUGCUACGUCGAGUGGGUGGCAAGAGGUUUCUUUUUUUUUUCAUUACACACGCACACACACCACGGAUGAUGAUUAUCGAAGCACGAUGAUCAUUCAUCGUCCACCGAUCGUCAUCUUCUUCAAUUGGUUUAACAAUGUUGUGUCGCCGUCGAAGGCUGAAGGGAGCCUCUCUUCCAGAACAUGCAGGAUCCUCAACAACAUAUCAACAGUGUACGAUAUACUAUGGAUUCUAGCCGAUGCAUAUUAGCGAUAUUUCCGAGCAGAUCGAUGUCUCUGUCUUCUUCUUGGAUUUCGAACGCCGCGCGGAAAUUGUUGACACGUAAACCACGUUUGAGAUUUGUACUUGGUACGACGGAAGUUUAUCGAUUUGUUCGUUAUCGAAUUCUUGCGUUACUAUGUCGCGUCGUAAGCUCAACAAUGCGUUGCAUUCUCGCAGUUUACUUUUGCGAAUGAUAAAACCGGUUUUGCCAAUAGUCAAUAUGGAUCGGAUCGAGCUUGAUUUAGCCAAAAUGCACGCUGUAUCGGAAAGGAAACAAUUAAACGGAAAGGAUACUCAUUUGCAGUUAGGCGCGUUCAUCCUUUUAGUUCUUCGACGGUUUAUUCGAUAGUCACCUACUUAUCGGUAGAGAAAGGGAUACUUGUCUUUAAUCGUAAGAUUUUGUCAUGUUCGCUUCGUAGACGUAGACAAGUUUGUAAGUGAAUUGUUCGUAAUCGAGAAAUACAAGAAUCCAGAAGUAGCCGCGCGUCUAUAAAGGAGAUGCUAGAGCAAACACGUAGAGUAUUACCCGCUGUCUGCGUGCUUUAAGCAAAAGAAGCGUAACAGGCGUCUUUGCUUCUUUUUCCCAUAUCAUGCGAUCGGCGGGGAGCACCGAGCAGCAGAACGGGGGGGGGGGCAUCGAGAUAAGGAUAUAAUUAAUUAAUUUUAAUACACAACUACGUUGAGAGCUGGUCUUUUAAGUUUGUAUUAAAAUUAAUUACCGGAGCCGCGAGACGCUUUCUUGCGAUAUAUACGAUACACAUAAGACUACACGCAAAAAAACCUACACACACGCAUACACACAAUACACAAAUGCAAUACGUACAACUACAAUGCGAGCGAGGAUAUAUAUAUAUAUAUAUAUAUAUAUAUAUAUAUAUAUAUAUAUAUAUAUAUAUAUACACAUCGAUAGAUGUUUUUAACCAAAGAGUAAUAUAAGUGAUUGUUAAGUCGAUUGCCGAGCGUGCUGUUCACCGUAUACGUCUUCUGACGACGAGUAAUCCAGCGACGGUAAACGUAUCAUCCUGGAAUUUCACGUGGGAUGUCGGAAGGAAAAGUGUCUUCAUCACGAAUGUCCAUGAAUCGCUCAAAUUUGCAAGUUCGUUCGACGUUCAAGCCGCGAUCGCAAUCCAAAUGGACCUGGUGAACGCGUGCUGAUGAACGCCGAAUGUACGCUGCUGUAUUUCUUUAAACGUACAAGUUAUGUCGACAAGCCACGAGGAUAAUUUUCUUCUUCUCUUGGACUAUCGCGAAUCUUUACUAAAAUCUAUUAAUUUCCGAAGGAAAGCGGACUGAUCAUCCGUAUUGACGGAAUGACGACAAUUUCGCGCUAUGAUGACAUCAGGGAAAACGAGCGAUACACAUUAUCAGCGAUCGAUGGUCGAGCGUUUAUUGAGGAUCAGCCUAAAAAAGCAAACAAAAUUAAUAUUUCACUGCUACUCUAAGUCGUAAGCAUGCCAUUGACUGCGCAAAGUAGGGAAAAAUUUGAGUCUGAUUGAGAACGUGCGUAAGCGACCGGGUAGCUCGGGUUCACGUAAUCGUACAUUUCUUAAUCACGUUAAGGAAAAUUAUAAAAAGUCGCAUAACAAAAAGAAGAAAAAAAAACGGAAAAAAUACUACGGAGAAAGCAAAAUCUCUAUGUGUGUUGUAGACAAUGAUCUAGUGAGUGUUUUGGUGCUGGCCACCAAGCUUUAGCGCGUAAGAAAACUCCGAGGUUCACGAGAGUCCGCGACUAUGUUGUUAAGUCAAGAAAAGGGAAGGGGGGAAAGUUAACUUAACGAAGUUUUUAGGGCGUAAGCAACGAGGUUAUAAUAAUUAUAUUAAUAAUAAUUACUGAUAAUAAUCAUAACAUUAACAGUAAUAAUAAUAAUAAGUGCGAGAUAAGAAAGAUACUGAUUUAUUAAUUAAUGUUAACGAUAACACUCGCUGCGCGAAUGAACGAAUGAUCGAGAUCACGUUUGCUCAGCCGUCAUGGGCUAUGUCGUAUGAUGGGAAAAAUGGAGGAAAGUGGUGAAAAAGAAGAGAAAGGAAAAGACGUUGAAGUGUUAUCGAUUAUGUACCUCUGCACUAACACCGAGUUUGAGACUUGGUGAAAGUAUUUGAUUAGACGACGAUUUUGGAAUUAUUUAGCGCGAGUGCGUCUUUGAUUGUAUUUUUGGCGUGAGCGAACGGAAACGCACUCCCGUUCUGUAAUGUUUUUUCUUGUCGCUCGUCUCGAUGGAUCUCGCGAGUGUGUGCGCAGGUACAAAGAUAAAAAACAAAAAACGCCACAAGAUACGAUUUUGUCAUACAAAUCUUAUUGAAUCAUCGUGAUUUGUUGCACUUCUAAAGCGUCGUUGCUCAAUAAAAUGACCUCUCUAACACAUAUAGUUUGCCAGUUGUUCAUUAAAGACUAAAAAAAAAAGGAAAGUUGAAAAGGAAAAACAAAUGAAAAAUUGAUGGUUCAAUGAUAAUUUAUAAGUAUAACAAAUUGCGACGAUUCAAUGAGAUGUGUAAUAUAAUAUUUAGUAAUAAUAGAUUGAUAAUGAUGAUGAGAUGGGGAGAAAAAAAUAAAAAUACCUGUUUGAUUGCUGGACAGUUAAAUGAAUGUAUUAAUAUCGUGUAAUCGUCGUACGAGAUAUAUGUGUAAUAAAACAUAUUUAUUGUC